CAGAAUCUCUCAUGCCGCUCGCCUUCGGAAUGAGCAAGCUUGUGUGUUGGAACAAGGAUGUCAACUUUAGUAUUCAAGGUAAAUAAUUCCGGAAUUUAAAUAUUCUCCCCUUUGAUUAUUGACGUCUGUGAAUAGCUAAUGAACUAUUUUGGUUACUUUUCAUUAACAGAUGUGCCAGGCGCACCUGAAGACAUUUCAGUUCAUGAUAUAUUCCAAGAUUCUUUCGUUCUCAAGUGGAAGAAACCAAAGGAUGACGGUGGUAUGCCCAUUGUCAACUAUAUCAUCGAGCGCCAGGACUUGUCUGUCAAGGGUGGAUGGAAUCCGGUUGGUGAAUCCCCAGUCAAUCAGCCUCUAUCUUUCAAGUGUGAAAGAUUAAUCAACAAGAAAGAAUACAAAUUCCGUGUUGUGGCUGUAAACAAGAUGAGAAAUUCAGAGCCGGUCUAUUUCCCAAAGUCUUCCUUGCCAAAGAUCCUUGGGGUAAGGUUCAAUAGUGGAUUUGAAUCUUCAAUUUACUCACAUUUGGUAUUUUAAAUAACAGAUGAACCAGGGAAACCAGGCAAUGCUGAAGUCGUCGACUGGGAUGCUGAUCACGCAGAUAUUACUUGGACUAAGCCUGAAAAUGACGGAGGUUCUCCGAUCACUGGCUAUGUCAUUGAA